CUCUUCCCUCUGAUUGGUCGCGCGCAUCAGGAAGCGUUGUGUUCUUGCGCUGUCCUCCUUUUACAAGAGACGACCUCCAAACUCACCGGAGCGAUAUUUCCGCUCACCGUGUCUGCAUCUCUCUUCCGCCUCCCUGGGCCGCGUCUCCUCCGUUACUCACGAGCAUCCCCGCUGUGUUUCCGAGCGCUCGCGUGCAGACCGCGCGUCAUGGCCGCGUAUAAGCUGGUGCUGAUCCGCCACGGAGAGAGCUGCUGGAACCAGGAGAACCGCUUCUGCGGCUGGUUCGACGCCGAUCUGAGCGAAACCGGAGCCGAGGAGGCCAAGAGGGGCGGCCAGGCCCUGAAAGAUGCGGGUUAUGAGUUUGACAUCUGCUACACGUCUGUGCUGAAGCGUGCCAUCAGGACCCUGUGGCUGGUGCUGGACAGCAUCGAUCAGAUGUGGCUGCCCGUGCAUCGCACCUGGCGUCUGAACGAGCACCACUACGGCGGCCUGACGGGCCUCAACAAAGCCGAGACGGCGGCCAAACACGGCGAGGCUCAGGUGAAGAUCUGGAGACGCUCCUACGACAUCCCACCUCCACCCAUGGACCCCGAGCACGACUUCUACACCGCCAUCAGCAAGGACCGUCGCUACGGCGACCUGACGGAGGACCAGCUGCCCUCGUGCGAGAGCCUGAAGGACACCAUCGCUCGAGCGCUGCCGUUCUGGAACGAGGAAAUCGUUCCUCAGAUCAAGGAGGGCAAGAGGGUCCUCAUCGCUGCUCACGGCAACAGCCUGCGAGGAAUCGUCAAACACCUGGAGGGUAUGUCAGAGGAGGCGAUUAUGGAGCUGAAUCUGCCCACAGGAAUCCCCAUCCUUUAUGAGCUGGACAAGAACCUGAAGCCCGUGAAGCCCAUGCAGUUCCUGGGGGAUGAAGAGACGGUCCGCAAAGCCAUGGAGGCCGUCGCCGCUCAGGGCAAAGCCAAGAAGUAGACCUCGAUUCACACCAUCCUCCUCAAAAACGCAAUCAUUGUUUGACCAUGAACCUAGAACCAAACCACUGACCAAUCAUUAAUUUCCUAAUGCUCUGAAUCGGGACCAUCCUUGUAAUAAAAUUCAA